AUGGGAAUCACAAGGAGGUUGGCAAGGAAAGAAAGUUUUGAGAAAAAAGUGCUCGCUUCGAGAGAAUCAAGUCUCUCGGCGGUUGUCAGAUUGAACUCUGAAACACUUCAACGGAUGGGCGCACAGAUUGUUCAAAUCCCAUUACAGAGAUCGAAAUCAAUGGCCUCUUUGAGAGAAAUACCACAAGUGAGCGAGAACUAUGCUUGUGCAUUUGUGACAACUGAAGAGAAUGAUGAAGGAGUGAUGGUGAGGAGAAGGGAAAGAUCACUUGUGAGCGAGAGACAUUCACUCAAUACAAGAGCUGCUUCUGUUGAAUCGUCGCUUAUCGAUGUCUACAAGAAUCAAAUUAUUCAAGAGAGUUAUACGAAAAAUUUACCGGAAAAGGAGAAAGAGAAAGCUCAGCGAAAGUUUGAAUUGUUCAACGUCAAGACUGACACUUUUAUAGAAGCUGAUUCAAAAAGAGUUGAUUCAAGAGAAUUGGUGGAAAAUAUUGUAAAUGAAAAAGUUGCCGAUCAAGUGAGUUUCCGGCUAAAAGAGCAACAAAGUGUGGAAGCUGGGCUUUCCGGAUUUUCAAAGAUUUCUCCAAGAAAAUCGGAAGCUCAAGAAGUAGAUGUAACUCUUGAAGAACAAGUGAAACUUGGUGAUAAGCUUCAAACAAAGGCUUCUAUUUCAUCAGUAACUUUGAAAGAUCUCAACAUUGAGAGAGUAGAGAAAAUGGGAGAAGAGGAAAUUGUUGUUCGUCAGAAAUCAGAGCUCGCCGAGCAAGCUUUGAAAAAUUUUAGCGAUCAGAAAACGAAAACUGAAGAAAAGUUGAUCGCUCAAGACAAAACUGAGCCAGUUGAUGUGAAUUUGAGAGAAAAGCUCAAAGAUUUUCAAAAUCUUACAUUAAAAGAGAGCCAAGACGAGUCCUCUCAUCUCUUUGUUUCCACAAAUCUUCAAGACAACGAUUCUUCUUUAAAAGUUCGCCUAUCAGAGUUGGAGCAAAUCGAAGCCAAACUCAGCGCUCCAUCCAAUGAAACCGUUGCAGCAAGUGUUGAUUUGAAUGCAGUGAAUAAGCUGAGAGCUGAGAAUGAAAUCCCAUUCAUUCCAUCGGAAGCUGUUGAUUUUAAAUACGGACAUUCGCAAGAAACAACUUUAAUCUCAAUGGAAAGAGAACAUUAUCGAAUGGCUGAAGAAACAAAAGCCGAUUCAUUCUUUGACUCUUCAGAGAUGAGAUUGAAAGAGUUCGGUGAAAAGAAACUUGGCACUUUGGCAAAUCUCGGUUAUCUCGAACCAAAAAAGCCAGAAUCACAAGAAACCGAAAUCGAAUUUCCACAAGAUUUACGUCAAUCGUUAUCACUGCGAAUGUCAGCACCAGUUGAAUCGAAACAAGAAUGCACAUGUAAUCUGGUCAGGGAAAUGGCUCAAAAAGAAGCCGUUCGUCAGCUUAAAGAGAGAAUCGGAGCAAGCACUGAUUUAAAAACCGCAGCUAUCGUUCAAGAAGUGAUCAUGAUGAUGUGUGAGGUGCAUCGAGUGACUGUACGUGAUCUUUUGUUCACCGAGCAAUCAAUUCAAGAGAAAACUCGGGCACAAAGUGAGGGAAGAUUCUCAGAAAUGCGCGAAGAAAAUCUUUACGGUUUUUGGAGCACAAAUCUCAGUGAGCAUGCGGAUAAGUUGUUGAAAUCACCGCUAAGAUCAGCUGACUCGGUUUCCCUGGCUUCUUUAGCGUCAAGUGAAGAGACAUCGAUUGCCGAAGCUGUCUUGAAUCGACGACCAUCAUUGGCUGUUGAUAUUGUGCUUCGUUCAGCUGCUAGAGAAGCUAAUGUCUCGAGUUUAGGCUUUGAAAGAGCCGAAUUCUCGCAAACUUUCAAAUCUGAGCCUUUUGAUGAAGAGGCAACUUUUGAAGAACUGAAAUCAACUGAAAUCCAGAAAUGCACUCUUAAACAACUUGAAACAAUCAAUGAGCUCAAUAAUGAAAAAACGAAUUUAAAAGUUAUUGUAGGAAAACUUGAACAGAAACAACAGAAAGAACAUUCAGCUGAAGCUAUCAAAAUCUCAACAAGUAGUCAAACUUUGCAUUGUGAUUUCAAAUGGGCAAUUGAAUUUGAGAAAAUAAGAAUCUUAGAAGAGAAUCGUCUCUUGAAGUUAGCGGUAACCGAUGCAAGUCAGCUAGAAUCUGAGCAGAGAUUUGAAAUGAUUGGUGAGAUGAAAUGUGUAAGGAAAACCCAACUACAACCAAUUCCAGAAGAACCGACAGCACUUGCAACAAUGGCCACCGAUUAUCAACGAUUGACGGUUUCUGAAAAGAGAGAGCUCAGCGAGGAGAGGACUUUCAUUGAGACAAGAUCUUCUCAGACAGAGCUCACCAUUGUUGAAGCAAUUGAAUCGAUUCUGGAAGCAAGCCUGCAAAGAUCACAAGCACAAUCAUAUGCUGAUGUCACGAAAGAUGCUUUGAAUCUGAAGAAUGAAGUCUUCUCUACUCAAGCCACGAUUUUGGAAGAGAUCGCUCUUCAGCUUCAACGAGCAAAGUGUGUUGAAGGAGAGACGAGUCAAUCUGUAAAAGAAAGUGAGCGAGAGAAAGCGACAAAAGCUUAUAAAGAAUUGAUUGAAGAGAUUCAAGGCUUGACAACAGUUUGGGACGUCGUUCAAACAAAUCAAGAAGCAAAAGCGCAAUGGAAAGAGAAAAGAGAUGAGACGAAAAUGUUGAAUGUGCAAGCGCCGAAGCAAGAGUCGAUCAAUUUAAGUCAAGAGUUUGACAAGAUGACACAAGGUGAAGCAAACUAUCAACUAAUGGAGAAAAUUGUGGACUCACAGCGAGCUCAACGCCAAUUCAGCCUCGAUGAGCACACAUUCGACUCGAGAUUCUCGAGAGAAUCCUCGAGAUCGGAAACAACGUUCACAAUCGAUACCCACGUUGAGGGGAGUGUGGAGAGACGUUUGAAAGAGUUAGGUGAUGAAGAGAUUGUGACAAGUGGCCUUUUUGGUCGAAUCUUUAGUCGAGAAGCUGAAUCCGCUGAAUCGAUGUCGACAUUCGAUGACGCGAGAACAUUCCGACAAUUCUUGAGAACCCUCGCUUCACAGAAUAUCUCUUCAUCGAUCAUUCAUGAGCUCGAUCGUUUACCUGAGUGUGAUCAAAGUAUUCACAAUAUACAAGUCAAAAAUAUUCUCCGAAAAGAGGCUCAAUUCUUUGCGAGUCGCGAGACAUCGGUUGAACAAAUGAUUGAAGAUUUCCAGAAAGCUCUCGAACAUCGUGAAGCUUUAAUCGAAUUGCAGCAGAAGAAUAGAGAAAAAGUCGAGAAAACAGCUCUCCCAACAGAAGAGAAUAUGAGUUUCUCGAACUAUGAAACGAUUGUGAAUGAUUUGAAAGAAAGUAAGACAUUCAGAGAGAUGAGUUUAGAAACAAAUCAAGCUUCGAUCAAAGCUCCAAUUCAUUCCGAGAUUGGCGCCUAUAUGUCACUUGAAAAGGCGGCUUAUCGUCAAGCGCAAAUCGAGAAACCGUUGAAAAGAGGUGAAUCGGUGGAUAAACGCUUCGAGAUUGAGAUUAUAAAUGUGGAAAUCUUGGAGAGAAGUCGUGAAUCUCAGCCGAAAGACAUCGAAGCGAGAAUCGAUUUCAGAGGAAAAAGCGAAGAUCGAAAUGUGGCCACAUUUAAUGAAUAUUCUGAAAAAACGAUUGAGAUUUGCAAUUUGUUCGGACGAAUCAUUCAGAAAAGAUUUGAAGCGGAAGAUGUGGAGAAAAAUCGACCGCAAGCAAGGAAAUGGAUAGAAGAGCUGAGGAAAGAAGCUGCGCAAUUCAUCCAAAUCUCAAGCGAUUUCGACCUCAACUCGACGAAAGUCGACGAGUUGACGACGAAAACGCAGAAAGAAUGCGUUAAGCUUGUGUCAAGCUGUCAUUUAAAUGCAAUGAAAGUUGAGAAUGUGAAUUUCUGUCAAGAAUUUCGUAAAGAGUUAUGCGAAUUGUUUGCUGAGAUUACAGUAAAAGAGAGAAUGUUUGAGAGAAACAUUCUCAAGUGUAAGCAAUUGGAUUGGAGUCAGCGAUUGACUGAUUCGACUUGGGAGACAAUUCUUGAUGAAAUCGAGACUGAAUAUCAUCAAAAGCUAGCAAUCACUGAAAGAGAAAGUCUUCAGAUAAAAGUGAGUGAAGAGAUUCGGAAAGAUUUCUCUGUUGAAGAGAUUCGAAAAGAUUUCCCUGUUGAAGAGAUUCUUCGAUCAACCCCUGCUUUCACUACUUCAUCAGUUGACGGGAAAAGUCUUCUCACUACUGAAAGCGAGCCAAUGAUUAAGUGUGAGACAUCACUUAGACAUGAGGAUCUCUUCACUGAAGUCGAAUCACUUCUUCAAGAGAAAAGACACGAAGAAUGGAAAGCUGAUUUCCCUGAAUUUCUUGAAGAAGAGAUCAAAGCUGGUGUUCAAUUGGUAAAGAAAUCUUUGCCAAAACCAAAAGAAUUAGUUGAUCAUGUGAUUCAUGUUGAUACCUCGUUUAAACAAGUGAUGAACACAGUGGCUGUUAAAGAGUCACAAGCGUUUGCUCAGCUUGAAAUUCGGGGAAAGCAAAGAGGUGACGAAUCUACAUCAACUAGUAGAAAACAAAAGGUGAAAGAUCAAGUGAUUCUGCACUCAAAACAGAGCUUUGAUGUCUCAGCUGAGGCAAGUAAAUCAUUGACAAAACAACAAUCAUUUCAGCAAGAAACAAUUCGUACUUUUAAAGCCGCUUUACGCGAGAAAAGCGUUGAGCAUUUUAAAGAGUUAGACAAUGACGAAUUCGAGAUUUUAUCUGAAUAUAUUGGUGUUUAUCGUGACCUUGACGCUGAGAUCUCCAUCCGUGGACUAGGAAAAUUGAAUUCGUCUUUCGUUUUCUCAACUCCAACAUCGACUGAAGAAGUGAUCACCCUGAACACUUUUAAAGAACGCUUUGUGGCCAGCGCCGAGACAAAGAUCACUCUCAAAUUCACCCCAAAAGACUCCUUUGUUCAAAAGCUUUCUGUUGCUGAUUCUCGAGUGGAGUGUUCGCUUGUUUCCUCUCACAAAUCAUCUCUCGAUUUCACUUGCACACUUUCUGGCAAAAACUUUGAGUAUUACGUUGGAAAGUUUCACGAGACGAGCGAAACCCAACUUAAGGCUAUUAUAAAUUUACAUCGUGUUGACAUCGUUCGUCCCUCGCAAAAGAAUGAGGUGAUUCUCGCAGAAAUUCUUUCAAUUUCAGUAGAACCAUUACGCAUCCAAGGAGUCGAUAAAUCUGUCAUUCACUCGGUUGAGCUGAAGAAAGAGGCGAUGAUGUUGAGGAUUGAUCGAAUGAUUGUGGCAACGAAUCGAGGAGAGUCGAUGAAAAAGAGUUUCAAAGAAGCUGGUGAUGAGAGAACAAAGCUUGCAGUGGAAUUGAUUGGGAAAAAGGGUGGACAAGAGUUUUUGAUCAAAGAAUGGAGGAUUCCAAAUGAAGUUAAAGGGGCGAGUCUCGAGGUUGAGGAGUUUGGUGAUGAAUCGUGUGUACUUUAUGCUCAAAUCAAUGACAAACAUCAAAACUUUGAUGAGACGGAAAUAGAGAAGAAGAUUUCGAGAACACAUGAAGGUGUGAAAUUGAUCACAAGAGCUUCGACUGAAAUAACAGCUAUCAUCAACAAUUCUUUUGAGAUUCCUGAAUUAUUUGAAGAAGCUAAGAAAUUGAUUGUAAUUGGUAACAAAGGUGAAUCUCUUGUUGUUAGAUACAAAGAGUCACAAGAAAAUCACACAGCGAUCGGUCAAAUCUUCAACAUUCAACCAGAAACUCACAUUCAUCAUGUGACAGUCAAUGAUAAGAGAUUCGGUGGUCAAUACAAUUUAUCAAAGAAAGCAUCAUCUGAUGUGUAUCGUGAGCUUACACAAGCUUUAGUACGAAGCGGUUUUCUUGAACACAUUCGUCAUCGAUAUGUUCAGAAACAAAAAGCUCAAUUAUCUAUGAGAGUUCUUGAAUCGACAACUGUUCAAUUCGAGACGACAGAACGUUUCCAAAAGAGUGAACAGAAAGCUUCUUUCGACUCUCUUCGUCGAUGUGCUCAGACUUGUUCUCCAGCUUUCAUCAAGUUGCGCGAACUCUCCGAAACUCAAACCACAACUUUCUGCUCUUUCCAGAAACCUCAAUCUAUUGAUUAUCUCUCAAAAAUUUAUGCAAUUCCUCGAAUCGAAAGACAACUUUUAAAUUGUGAUGCUGCCGAGGAAAACGAGAUAAAAUCUUCUCCCGAACUCUCUAAACCGUUCGAAUUUAAAACGGUCGACAUUCUCGUUGUCGAUUUCAAUCAUACCCCUCCACUAUCCCUUUCCACUAAACAAGCGACAAUUGAGAUCAAAACAAUUCCCACGAAUUUCUUGCGCGAACCCGCACCUGCACAAAGCGCACAACUAACAAUCACAAUUGCAAAUCAAUGUUCACCCAUAAAAAUUCAUGUUAAAGAAAGUCGCGAAGAGAAGCAAACGACUUGCGCGCAAUUCUCUGUGCCAUCGCUUACCUCUCAAAUAGAAAUCACUCGUAAAAUCGCGAUCUUUGGUGGAAAUUAUCGAAAAAGAUUCGAUGCAUGUGAAGAGCAUGAAAUCAGUGUGAAUCGAGAACUAAUCACCGCAAAACCUUUGACGAUUCAUUGUUCACAAGCGGCGAUUCGUCUCACCAAGGAUAAAGCCAUUUUCUUUGCUAAAGCUUCAACCAAUAUCAGAAUUAACAUUUUUGAAGAUUAUGUGAAAGUGUGCAGUAAAGAAGCAAUCGAAAGACUCUUUAAUGCGCCUAAUCUGAGUGUUAUCGAGCGACGAUUGGUUGAAGCUGUGGACACACUAGAAAUUCUAAAUCCAAUCUAUGUAAAAGAAGAACAACAUCACUAUUUAGACAAGGUUUUGCGAGAAGCGAGAGACGGAGGACGACAAGACUUUAAUGUGAAAGCGACACAAGAGAAAGCGAUCGAGACAACGAUUGAGUUGAGCAAUCAACGAUUGGCAAGAGGAGAGAUCGAGAUCAAAACCAUUGUGCCAAACACAGCGAAAUCAUUGGCCUAUCAUGCAAGUGCUUCGGGCAACGCGAUCUCUGUAAUCUAUCAACAAUUGUCGAAAUCAUCGGAAAGAGAAACCAUUCGCGAAGUGAUUCACGCGAAAAACAAAGGACAAUCGAUUGCUUUCAAGGUGAAAGAGAGCAAAUCCGAGCAACAGACAACGAAUGUUCAUUUAAGUAAAAGAGAAUCAUUUUUGAGCCAAGAAAAGUUGAUCAUUGAGGCUAGAUUUGGUGGAUCGUUUAAAUUGACCUCAAUUGCUACUUCGUUCAAAGAAAUCACCGUCAAUGUGGACACACAAAAACAGAAACCAACCUCAUUGUUAGCUGAGAAUUUGAAGAUUAUUGGAAACAAAGCAGCUCCGAUUGAUUUCCGAACAAUUGCCACUUCCAAUAAGAUUUGUGAAAUCUAUACAGUGUUAAAUAAAGCAAAUCAAUCUUAUGAGGAAAAUAUAAAGAUCUCCGCGCCAAACAAAGGUCAAAUCACUGUUUUCACGGCCAGAGAAACUUCACAAAUUCAUGAAUCAACAAAUUUGGCUUAUCAAAAAGAUCCACAAUCAGACACUUUAUUAAAAACGAUUGUAGAACGCCGUUUUGGCGGCGCUUUAUCAUUGUCGACUUCUUCUAGCAAAGAAUCUCUUUCUUCUCUAUCCGGUCAAUUGACUUCCACUCGAUUGGCUGCAAUUGACGUACAAAAGCUUAUCAUUUGUCCAAAUCUUGCUACUCCACUUGUUCUAUUUGCUCAUUCAAGCACACAGAAGACAAUUGACAUUGGGUAUGUUUGGGAGAAGCCAGCUUCUAUUGAAGAGACACGCAUCUCCGUUCGCGAUCACAACAAAGCUCAACCCGUCAAAUUUCGUGCCAUUGAAGCCGGCGAAGUUCAAGAGAAUCUCACCGUUCAGCUCAAUCGUUCAGCAUCAACCAAUGUCGCAGAGAAAACAACUCAAAUUCCGAAUCAAAGCGCUCAAAUUGCUCCUCUUAAAAAGUACGCAGCCGGUGAUCGGCAUGUGCAAAUCGCACCGCACCUCGAAAACCCAAAACCGAUUUUAUUGAGCACUGCGGUGACGCUCACCGCGCGCAACACGGCACAAUCACAGCAAUUGCACUGCGCGUGCGCACUUUAUGCAACCACAUCGACUUCGGUUGAUCUUUGCCGCACUCAAUACCACGAGAAAGUGGACAGCUUACGGCUGACCGCACACACGCAUCCACCAGUCAAAAGGGAUUUCAAUGAAUCCACCUCUUUUCACAUUUUGGCUAAUUUCAUGUAUGCACGAGAAGAGAAAAAAGAGAUUUUUGCAGAAACGAGACGAGAAGCGAAUUAUGGAGGGAAUUUUGUGCUGCGGACGAAUGCAUCAAAGUCGUCCGAUGUCGUCGUCGAGGCAACGAUUGCUAAGGAAAAAGUAUUAGAGAUGAAUGCGGAGAUUAAGAAAAUCAUUGCGAACAAAGCGAAUCCGUUGGAGAAAUUUGCUUCCGCUACACAAGAAACAAUCACCGGCGCCACUUGUCAAUUCCAAAAAACAAAUGCUCACGAGACAACAGUCGAAAAGAUUAUCGCUAAACGGAUUGGAGAACCGAUUUCGAGAGCGGUCAAAGAAUCGACUUCGCUGGAAAUUGUGAACAAUAUUCAGUGGAAACGAGAAGACGAGCAUAAAGAAAUCGAUUUGACAGUGAAAAUCCCGCAAAAUGGGGGACAAUUGAAAUUGGAAACGAGGAAAGCCGAGGAAAAAUCGUUGGACAUUCACCCAAUUUAUGAGAGAAAAUCGUCGAUUCAAGAAACUAUGACAGUAAAGACAACAUCGAACAAAGCUCAACCGGUUUCUUUCUCCUCCGGUGCAUCUUCUGAACGCUCAAGUUCCACCGAUCACAAUGUCGUCAAUCCAAAACCCUCAACAGCAUCUGCAUCGAUUGUUAUCGUUGACAAGAAUCGCGCACAACCCGUUACGAUGAGAGUCAGUGAGUCGAAAGAAGCGGAUGUGUCGAUGAACUUUGCUCUAGUCAAGGAAGGAGUUAGAGAUCUUCAGGCAGAGAUUACAAAGGAUGAGCCAAGAUUUGGAGGAUCGUUGACAAUCGGAUGUAAAGCGGCAAAAGAAGAGAAACCAGAUACGGUGAGUCGAACAUUCACAAAAGAGGAAGGCAAAGAGAAUUCGGAGAAGAUUCUAAAAACAUCGAGAGAUGAGAAGAUCUUCUUUGGAAGUAAAGCCACACAAGAAUUGAAUGUAUCGAUUGAGAUUUCGAUUGAGAGUGCGAGAGCGGCAAAGCUCGAAAACAGCAAUCAGAUAUCGGAAACGGUGCGAACGAUCGGAAAUCUAGAAAAAGCGGCUCAUGGAUCAAGACAAGCUGAAGAAAAAGAGAUCACAAUACAUCAUGAAUUGAGAAAUAAAAAGCUUGAUGAUAAAAGAUUCAGCGAAGAAGAAGCUGAUCGAAUGAUUCCGAUUCAAAACAAAGAACAAGAGAGUUUCGGCUGUCGAUCCACUGAAGAACAUCAUUAUUCAAUUAAUUGCGAUUUCAGCCAACAAACUACAAGCUACAAUGUGACAAUCUCUUCAGAAAUCCCGAGCAUUGGAGAAGCGAUUGGGGUGAAAUGUGAAGCUGCACAGGAAACCGAGUUCACAUUGGAUCUCGACAUUCGCAAGGGUGGAGCUGCUGAUUGGCCGUCGGAAGGAUUACGGCCAUUGAGUGAAGAAGAAGAAGCUGAAUUGAGAGCAAGGAGGAGUCAAGAAGAGAUGUUCAAUUUGAAUUUAGACAUCAAUCAGCAGACGACUGAGUUGAUCGCGUCGAGAUUGGAGCACGUUGCCGGCACACAUGAGCCAGCCGGUUUCGGCGCUCGACGCUCGCAAGAAGUACACUUCCAUAUGAAUAUGGAGUUGACAAAUCAAGGGACACAAUUCCGAUCAAAGGGCGAAUUCGCGGAAUGGUGUGUGGCGGAGACGGAAAAGAUGGAGUUGAGCACGAAAGGAGUGGAUAGAGAUGAGAUUCGGAGAAGGGAAGAAGCUAGGGAAAUGGAGAGAUUGAGACAUGAAGAGUCGAUACAAGAAAGGGAGAGAUCCGUCUUGGAGGAGAUCGCGGCAUUGGAACGUGCUGGAGAGACGGUAAUCCUUCUCGAUUCAACGGUGAUAUGUGACCAAACAUUGCACGAUCAACACAUCGAAGUCUCACAGAAAGAUUCGUUGAGGUGGAAAGAUCGAGGAAUAGAGGAGGGAAUCUCUCUCGAAUCAAUCAUUCAAGAAAAUCAAGAAAAGAUACAAGAAAAGAUACAAGAGAAGGUUGAGAAGGGUUAUAAAGAUCAUCAACUUUAUGAGAUACAAGUGGGAAGUGAUCAG